UACUACUACGCCAUCGGCGGAUCGGCCAUUCCCCAUCGCUUCGCCCACCACCCACUGUCGCCGAGCACCAACGUCCCGAUCUCCGGCCACCACCGGCACCAUGUCGUCCACCGCCGCCGGGGCCGCCUUCCUCCUGCGCUCCACCUCCGCCACGACGAACCCUCUCCUCCGCCACACUUCCGCCACGACGAACCCUCUUCUCCACCUUUCCAGCCCCAAAUCCAAGCUCCUCCGCCUCCACUCGUCACGCCGCCGCCGCCUGCCCGUGCCCCGCCUCUCCCUCACGCCCCCCGACACUGCCAGCAGCAAUUCCGCACCCUCGCCGUCACCUCCGCCUCCGUCCGCCACGCCCCCGCCUCCUCUCUUCCCCAACUGGUCCCCACCGCGCCCGAUCUGGCGGGGCCUCUCGGCGCUGCUCCUCGCAGGCCAGGUCUUCCACCGCGUCCUCACGGGACGCAUCCACCGCCGCAACCUCCUCGCGCAGCUCCGCCGGGUGGGCCCCGGCAGCGCGGGGGUCUCGCUCCUCACCGCCGCAUUUGUCGGGAUGGCCUUCACAAUCCAGUUUGUGCGCGAGUUUACCCGCCUUGGUCUCCACCGCUCCGUUGGCGGCGUCCUUGCCCUCGCGCUUGCUCGCGAGCUUACCCCGGUUGUCACGGCCGUGGUCGCUGCCGGCCGGGUCGGUUCGGCCUUCGCUGCUGAGCUCGGCACCAUGCAGGUGUCCGAGCAGACCGACACCCUUCGCGUCCUGGGUGCACAGCCCAUCGAUUACCUCGUGGUCCCUCGCGUCCUCGCCUGCGUUCUUGCGCUCCCUGUCCUAACCCUCAUCAGCUUCGCCCUUGGGCUAGCUUCCUCAGCAUUCUUGGCUGACGCCAUCUUUGGUGUAAGCACCAGCAUCAUUCUGGAAUCAGCGCGCAGGGCACUGCGGCCGUGGGACUUGAUCAGCUCGUUGAUAAAAUCUCAGGUGUUCGGCGCUAUUAUUGCGGUGGUGAGCUGUGCAUGGGGAGUGACGACCCAUGGGGGAGCCAAGGGCGUCGGCGAGUCCACGACGUCUGCUGUGGUCAUUUCUUUAGUGGGGAUUUUCAUUGCAGACUUCGCUCUUUCAUGCCUGUUCUUCCAGGGGGCUGGUGAUUCACUCAAGCAUGCGAUGGGUUAACGCAUGACCACGUCAGAGGUCGAUUUUGCUUCGUAUCAGCAUAGUUUAGUAGUGUACAUUGACAGAAGUGGUCUAGUGGACUCAAAAGGGGGGCAUCAUUGCAACAUCGGCCACACUCCAGGUGAAAUUAAUUAUUUGUUCUUGUGAUGUUAAUCGGAAGUAACCUAUCAUUUUUUAAUGUAUGUUGUGCAAAAUGUUGCUCAAUUAUUUGCA